AUGGGGAAUGGCAGUAUAUUCCUCGCCUCCCCUCAGGCAACCGAGGUUUUCGAAUGCAUGGCGGCGGAGGCUGGCCAAAAUCCCGCAGACCUGCGGCAGCUCUUAAGCACCGACGCCAACAUGCUCAGCUCUGACGGGGAUCAGAUGACCGGUCUCUCAGGGCUAUCCUUUCAUGCCAACAACACAUGGGGUCGCUACAGCUGGAGGGAUCGCGUUCUUGACACAUUACACACCAUUGAUAGAAAAGGCAGGCAGAAGUACCCUCUGGACCUUAAGCUCAACUCAUAUGCCUCCAAGAUUAUCUUCAACAAACCCAAGAAGGGCUCGACUCCCCGAGCUAUAGGGCUAGAGUAUUUGGAAGGUAAAAGUGUCUACCAGGGCGAUCUGCGCUACAACUCGUCGAAUAUAGGAACCCUUCGUCAGGUAUAUGCGAAGAAAGAAGUCAUCCUUAGUGGCGGCGCGUUCAACACGCCGCAGCUGCUGUUGCUGAGCGGUAUUGGACCGGGUGCUGACCUCAAGACGCUUAAUAUCCCAGUUGUUGCCGACCUUCCGGGAGUUGGUGCUAAUAUGCAAGAGCAUAAUGAAAUUGCUGUCAUCGGGGAAGCAUCUCAGAUCUUCAAUUUUGACGCAGCCCCCGGGUUCCCUCGCUCGCAGUGUACAUGGGGUGCCCCUGGUGAUCCUUGUUAUAAGCUCUGGCUACAGGGAGAGGGACCGUAUACACAGCCCGGCCUUAACUCGGACGUAACGUUCCUCAAGACCAACCAUUCCAACAUUGACGAGCGCGACAUCGCCAUCUUCUCCGUCAGUCAUGGCAAGAUCCCCCCACCACUUGGGGGCUGCAUACUUCGCUCCAGUGACCCAACUGUUCCACCCGAGAUCAACUUCCGAUUCUUUACCGACGAGGGUGCCGACGAGGAUAUUGUCGCCAUGAAGGAAUUCAUCUGCUGGGGCCGCCGUGUGUUCAACCGCGUCCAGCAGCCGGUUGCUCCCUUUAACAUCACCUGGCCCCCUUGCGCGGGCUCGAUUGAUACAGACGGCAGCUGCUCUAUUGUUAAAAAUGACGAAGACUUCAUUCGCGAGAAUAGCUUUGGCCAUCAUGUCACUGGAACCUGUGCUAUUGGUCAUAAGGAUAACCGGAAUGCUGUUCUCGACUCCGACUUCCGUGUUCACGGCGUUUCUGGCCUGCAUGUCGUCGACGCGAGUGCUUUCCCUAGGUCCCCAGGGGCCUUUCCCGUUCUCGCAACCUAUAUGCUCAGUGAGAAAGCAGCAGAGGCUAUUUUGUCACACAAAUGA